UUCAACUAGAAUCAUUCAUGAUUCAAGUUUACUUAAGAUGAGGUCGACAACUAUUUUAUUGGCUUUGGCCGCGUAUUUCAUAUUUUCAUUAGCAGACACUGAUGUCAAUUAUUACGUGGACGAAAGUACGUUACCAGAAGCAUUACCAGAACAAAUGCGCAACCAGUACAGCGACAAGGAAAUCGAAUUAGCCAUAAGAGAUGCUCUUGAAAAUCAAUACAAAGUUGUGUCUGAGUACAAUGGUCACGUAUAUGAUCCGGCUUCGCCAUUUGGUUACUUCAGAGACGAUGUCAACGUGUCCAUAACUCGAGCAUCAUCAUCAGAUUUUGAUAUGAUUUUCGAAACUAACACUGUGAAGGGAUUGAGCAAUUAUCAAAAUAGUACAAUCGUCAUCAGAUGGGCAAAAGAUCAGGUCUACCAAGAAGUGUACUGGAAUGAAUUACAAAUUAAAGGUCAGUACAAGUACUUGGAUCGCUCUCGUUAUGAAAUCGGCAAAUAUCAAUUGUUCGUCAAUGGGGUCAAGUAUCAAUUUAACUCGCCACUGUCAGCCAACACAGAAAUGUAUCCAAUUUCCGCACCGAAGUCGGCUAUACACUAUGACGAAGUGAGAGCUUCUUUUGACGGAGGUUACCGUGAGGUUUUCAAUUCAAAACAUUUUCCAUACUUGCUAUACUUUUUAGAAGACGUCGCUUUUCAAAAAAUCGCUAACCAGGUCUUACAAGAUAUGCAAAACAAUGUGACAACAGCCAUCCGAGCUGCAGUCAAACCAUACAUUAAUUUUAAAAAUUACUCCGACCCCCAUUUCCCAAAAGCCAACGGACAGUUAAAAAAUGGACCAAGCUUUAAAAUUUCCAAUGUUUUUACCACCGGCCUGAACAACACUCUACAAAAAUUACAAAGCUUGCAAGUAAAUAUGAAUUCUAAUUCAGUGACGGCGCAGACCUCCGUCUAUGUUCACAAUCUUACCGGCACUUUUGACCUGGCCGUCGAAGGACCACAGAAAUACAGAUCUCAAGCCAAAUUCAGCUUCGAAUACAUGGAAUUGAUCAUUAAGUAUGAUAUUGUUAGGCCUCACUAUAAUUGCAAAACGAUUGUAAAAAUGUACCAACCAAAAGUAUAUUCAGCAUAUCAAAAACAAAACGCUCGAGAAUGUAUUUGUGCAAAUCAGCAGUUUGCUGACGCAUUUGCAUUACAAAUUAAUGAUCACAUUUCCAAAGGAUUUUGUAAAUUUAUAAUUAAUUACACAAAGAAUGUGGGAACCGUUAACAGUAACAACAUUUGCAAUGACACUUUGUCCAAAGAUAGGCUUUAACCAUAAAUAAUUCAACGAUAAAUGUCUUUUACUUAAAAAUUAUAAUAGUCUUUCUUUAUAACUUGAAAACUGUUAUCUAAAUAUUAUUAAACCUAUGCACUUUGUAUUUUGUAAUGUGUUAAAUAAAUUCUCUCUCUUCAGUUGUUAAUCGGACGAUUAGUUUGUAGCAAAUCUAAAUUCUUUUCUAUUGGGUACCUGUCUUUCUUUCUUUUAAUUUCCUCGUAGGAAUAUCACUAUUUGUCGUAUAUAUUCCAAUCGCCGUCUUCUCUGUGAUCUGUUUACUUACCACACGCCCAUAUGAACAUAAUUUCAAUUUUAUAUAAGCAAAAUAUUUUUUUAAUUUUGUAUUUUUUAACACCAAAAAAUGUUUUUUUUUUAAUUUUCAGGGUUAAAAAAUAAAUAUUUUUUAAAAAUAUGAAUAAGUACACUUAUUUGAUUUUUAACUGUGCAUGUUUCAUGUUGAUACCACUAUCGACGGCUAAAUUACAAAGUCGGGAACAUGAGGUGUUUUUGGAUAACUACCUAGGUCUAAAAAAUUGUUUUGUCAUUAAGGGGCCAUUAGCAUUUUAGCAUUUUUUAAGGCGCGUAUGUGCAAUUUUUGGAUAAAUUUUAAAAUUGAGAUACAAUUUUUAAAAAUAUAUAUGAACAUAGGAAAGAAGUAUCUGUUUUGAUAAUUCAUUUUUUUCCAAAUUUUAUAACGCAUAUAGGAUCUAUUU